AAAACACUUUGUCUUUUUAUUAUUUUUCUUCUUCUUCUUCAUAUAGUAACGCACUUGGCACAUUACAUAACCUUAAAGUACUCUCGUACUCUCUCUCUCUCUCUCAAAAACACACUCUUUCUCUCUCUCAUUGUCAUAUCUUUGCUAGGUCCAUCAAACAGGCAGUGAUUCCCCCAGCUUCCACAUCAAAUGAACCCAUAAUCAUUAUCAUCACCACACGCCCUUUCUCUUCUCUUCUCUUCUCUUCUCUUCUCUUCUUCCUUCUUUCUCUCUCUCUCUCUCUCUCUCUUUACAGCAGCUCUCAAUGUCGAUAAACCACUACUCACCAGAAGCCAGACUAUACUGGACCGACCAACAACAGGCCGCAACGUGGCUGGGAAACUCUCACACUCCUCGUUUCAACCUGAAUGACAACCAGGAGGAGAUGGAGGAUGAAGAAGAGGAGGUGAUGGAGAAGGCUGCUGCUUCUGUUGAUGGGGCGGCGGCGGCGGCGGAGGAAGAGGAGGAGAAGGAAGCCAUGUUCGAGAAGCCGCUGACGCCGAGCGACGUGGGAAAGCUGAACCGGUUGGUGAUCCCGAAACAGCACGCUGAGAAGCACUUCCCGCUGGAGUCGUCGUCAUCGUCGUCGUGCGGUGACAGCGCGAAGGGCGUGUUACUGAGUUUCGAGGACGAGUCCGGGAAGUGCUGGCGUUUCCGUUACUCUUAUUGGAACAGUAGCCAGAGUUACGUUUUGACCAAAGGAUGGAGCCGUUACGUGAAGGACAAACGCCUCCACGCUGGCGACGUUGUUUUCUUCCACAGACACCGCACCCAUCCUCAACGCUUCUUCAUCAACUCCUCCCGCCGCCAAGCCAACCCCCCCGCAAACGUUACCACCACCGCAACACCCUCCUCCUACUCUGCGCACCCUUAUCCUGCGCAUCAGCUCCCUUUCCCAUACCAACCUCACUCCCUUCAUGCAGCACCAGGUGGAGGGUCCCAAGGACAGAACCAAACGACACCGGGAGGGAACAGUUCAGGUGGCAGGGUGCUGAGGCUGUUUGGGGUGAACAUGGAAUGCCAACCUGAUAAGGAUUCCCAAAACUCCACGCCACAAUCCUCUUACACUCUCUCCUCAACACCAACAACACUUUCCCACCACCACCUCUUACACCCUCAUACAACCUCUUUUUCUUCUUCUUCUUCCUCCUCCACCCCUCACCAUUACCACAUGCUACGUCAACAACCGUAAUAAUACUAUUAGAUAUUCCCUUAAUUACUUUUAGUCAAUCUUCCUCCCAUUAACAUCGACCCCUCUUUAUAUUCUAAGUAUAUUUAGGUUGACGUUCAAGAUUGUAGACGAUCUUUCUUGUCUUGAAUUAGGGAGAUGCAUGCAAAUGGAAAUGCCUUUGUAUUCGUUUUACCGGAUCUUCUUGUUCCCUCUCACUCCAGCAUAUUUAUUUUAUUAUAAACCAGGCUGUGAAUGCCAGAUGGAUCAUCCAACAUCUUUUCCAUCAAUUUUCCCUCAUGUUAUUAUAUAUAGUAUAUACAUUUCGCAGACUUUAAAUCUCACCAAAUUAAAGUUUUUUUUUUCUUCUAAUUCUUACAAUAAUCGCCUCAAAAAUUCAUGUUAAUUUGACUUUUUAUUGAUUGACAGUGCCAGAUUCUUACACUGACGAUGCAUACAACUUACACCCGUUAUAUAUUAAAAAGGCCAAGAUUAAAAAGCUCUACAUAUUUUAUUAUAAACCAAAACUGAAUAUAACAUGAAUUGAGUAGUAGACUUAAUUUGAGUCAUGUGAAGUUUGAUGAAGUCAAGAUUGUCUUCGUUCAUUUAAUUGAUUCAGCAUCUUGGAUUAAUAUGGAUGGAAAACUACUGUUGGUUUCCUUUUACCCCGACAGAGCUAGCUUCAUUCUCUAUUUAAUUAUACUAUUAAGUGGUGAAGGGCAACGAGUGCAAAUAGAUUAACCGUGGACGACAGUUAAUUGGGUAAUCUCAUUUGUUUUUUGAUGUGCACUUGGUGGUGUGGUCUACCAACCAUUAGCCAUACAAUUGCAAGUUUGAAAUAUGGGAAGAACGGAUUAUAAUUAAAUCUCUCCGAAAGAAAACCUUUCAAUUAAGUUUCAUCAUUAAACAUAACGAAUGCCGUGGAUUGUCUUUCCGACUCGAUAAAUCUGCGACACGUGGAAGUCAACCAAUCAUGUUAAUUAGCCUUUCCAUUGUGACAAAGCUGUUAAUCAAUUAGUGUCUCUUCGAGUCAUAGUGGAGUAGUUUAUCCCACUGCAGAAUCCUGAAUUCAUGGGAUUACCUGCUUCGCCCAUAUUUUGGUAUCCGGAAAAAUUGUUCUGUUGAUUCUUUAAACAAUUUUUUUCAUAACUUUUCACGUACAGAAUUUCUACCAAAACCCUUAUACCUCCUUUUUAAUGGCACUAAUCUAACCAUUAAAAAUUUAUUGAUUGAGUUGCUAACUUUGGAGUCCUCGGGUGAAACACCCAUCGGAGAAACAGUCGAAAUAUUAUGUACACUUUACACAACCAUAUACUCAAUACGUGCAGGAAAAAUAAAGCAUCACAUGAUAAUCAAUGAAAAUCACCAAUAAAUGUUUUGAAUUUACUCGAUCUUUUUAGAUAAACUGAUCAAUACCUUUCUUUUCCUUACAUUCCUCUCUUUUUCCUUCAUAAAAUCAAUGGCACGUCUUACUUUAUAUGGGGUAUGUGUCAUAACUAUUUAAAUGUUUUCAACUGCAGUGGAAAAGAAAAGUAGGAAUUAACAUAAUCUGUCAAUGCGUGAUUGCAACAGGAUGUCAACCAGAAGAGAAAUCACCAAGGACAACGAUAGGUGGAUGCGACAUCUCAUAAUUGAUCCAAUUAACCCACUUGUCAGGUUCCCCUCAAACCCUGACUAAAAGGGAAAGGGAAAGGGAAAUGAAGAGGGGAGGGGCAGAAAGAAAAAUGAUAGAAAAACUAGAAGGGAGAAAAAGAAACGAAUCCCUGAUUUUCUUACCAAACUUUCACACCAGAAGAGUAGCAAUGAGUAAACCCCGAAGGUGGAGAGUAGUGAUGGGAAAAGAAAAGAGACUGCAGCCAGAGGACAGAUUCAGAAUGUAAGGUAUGGAGAGGUUUUGAUGGGCCCACUGAGAGAGCUGGGUGACGUCAUCCCAGUGCUAAAUGGAGAAUUUUAGGUCAUUGGAAAUCAGAAAUGAGGAAUCAAUCUGCUACUGUUGGGAUUCUGCCUCAAGAUUUUCACAAGGGCUCAUCAUAAUAUACGUGGGAGGUAAGGUAUGGUGCCACAGAUGGUGUGCUGCUAUUUGGCAUUGGUGGGUAUGAUGGGUGGGUGGUGGGUGGACUUGACUUGACUUGAUAGAUAACACAGCCAAAGACGUACUACUAAGCCCACUCCUCUAGUUAAGCAACACAAAACCACAUGCUAUAUGCUUCCACCUCUUAGUGGUGGUGGUACUCACAUCUCAACUGGGCGUAUAUCAUACGGAUCCCGCUAUCUUAAAAGUAAGCAUGUUAAUAAAAUAAGUAAUCUCAAACAAAAAACAAAACCCUAAUCCCACAAGGUGUGUAAUUUCAACCAUACAUAAAUUAAGACUGCAUAAUCAAUAACUAAUAUUACUUAUUUUAGAAAAUCCAUAUCCAUAUUAUAUGCGCAGAUACAGAUUAGCUGCUAGAGCCUAGAGGAAUGAUCAUCAUUCCAAGGGGGAUAUUUGGACUUUGCUUGCUAAGAGCUGAUAUUUCAAACUUUGUUUCCAUGCAAGUUUUCAGGUAGAAAUAUCUGAUGAUGCAUUUAUUUGGGGAAGCUGAAGACAAAUAAAUUUGGGCACGUCAACAGACCAUGGUCCCCCCCACCCCCACCCCGGUUGUGGCCAGACCUGUUUUUUAUGGUCUGUUGUGUGCAGAUGUAAGUUUUCGCAAACUAUAAACAACACGCAAUGAUAUAAAAAGGGAAGAGAAAAACGUUCACAACGUAACUAGGGUAAAAUGUUUAAACAAACAUAGGAAAACGGAGAAUAUAGACCAUGAACUAAAAGGGAGACAAGGAUAUCCUUAACGAGCAAGCAAGUAAAAAACAGGAUGUCACUCGGGCAAUGCAGUACGGCUCAAUUGAAUGCUGUUUAUAUCAGCUAUAAAUUCUUAAUUGUGUAAUUCACAACUUACAAAUACCUUCUAAAGCCUAGUUCAACGCUAUAGACGCAUGGCAACCUCAGGUUUUCUUUGUUGGCUUAUUAACUGAUUAUUGGGUAAGGCACAAUCAGUGAAAUAGUUUUGGUCCACUGGAGUUUACUGAUUUCCACCACUAAACCUCUCUCUUCAAGUUUAUAGCUCCUCCGCACCUACACGCUAUUUCUAAUGUUUUAUUAUUCAUUAAGGUGAUGUGGAUCCAAGGUGAAAAAAGUUCCAAACUUCUGGUACAACAGAGGUAUUUUCAGGUGAAGAAAGACAGUUUCACUGACUGAAGUUUUAGCUGUCGUACAAUUAACUGCCUAUAUAGACGACGGGCAGGUGCUGAGGAAACGAGAAUGUGACUCCUCAAUGAAGUGCUUUUAAUCAAUGAUCCAGCACACUUAAUUACCAAAACUCGAGUACAAGUCCCUGCCUUGGAUCUUACCGAGGAAGA